AUGGCGAAAAUCCCCACAACCAAAACCUGUUGUGGUUAUGAGGUGGGACCAUCCUGCACCCAUAGCACUUGGCCCCUUUGUGGCAGAGUAACACGCAGCUUCCAAGUGCGCAGGAGUCCCAAGUCUGGUCCAGAGAAUGGAAAGAAAUUACAGAAACAUCCAAGUACAGACAGAAUUCUUUUACUCUUGGUCUUAGUCUCGCUGGCUUGGCCCUGGCACCGGGUUCCUGGGGUUGUGCAUCUGACAUCAGCGUGCAGUGACAUCGGGCACUCAUGCCCCCACUGGGCCAUGCAUAGCCCUGGCGCAAAAGUUGUGGGUGCCCAGCCCCUCCACUGGGGGGAUGUAGGGGCUGCCAGGGCCCUGGAGAGCCAGUGCCUAUGGUCUGUCUUCAGCGUAAUGGUUACAAAUCAUACAUAA